AUGAAAUCCAGACUGGAUUAUCUGGUUGGCCCAUCCAGGACUUGCCUUCUUAUGGGGAUGCAACCGCCUGAAUCGAUAGAGAAUGCGCACUGUCUUCGCAGAGAGCUCAAGUCGAUGGACCCGGAUUUGUUCUACAGUAUCGAGAACGCUAUUGGCAACAUUAUAGAACUGCCGGACCACACACUAGUUCGAGAGCUUCAUCUCGACUCGACUGACAACCAGGACCAAUUGUGCGCCACUGCACAUGUGUUGUUCGACGGCAGACAUGGCAUAGGGAGCGGCUCAUGGUGCCUCUGGUUCCCCGAACCGACCUAUCUUUACUACAUCCAUAUAUUCUACGACGAAGAGCCUAUCGGCGUCUAUCACAUCGGGCCCUUCCCUCGGACUUACGAACACCUGCCCACCACGACCCAAGCACAGAUCGACGCCGACGCGCAAGUGAUUGCCGCCCUUGGCCGCCCUCUCAGCACUGUAUCGGGACCCUCCGACGAUCCAGCAGACCUCACUACAACGUUCAAGCUUGACCCCAAGGUGCCGCCCUCGGCUGGAAAGGUCAUCGUGCGCUCGCACUUGAACCCUGCCAACGUACUCGCCGAAACGACGACGAAGUUGCUGUAUCGCAAGAAGCCUAACACGCCACUUCCGAGCUACCAGGACGAGAGGCUUUUUGAACAGAUCUAUCCGGUCACCGAAUACUGGAUAAACCCAAAGGCCAAGUCACUAUGCACAGACAAAAAACCUCGCAUGCCUGUCCCCGACGAUAAACCAGACGUCAUCAGGUCUGAGCGCAUCCAGAAAGCCCAGACUGCACGCCGCCCGCGGUCCAAGGCGACGAGCUUCAGCGUCAAGAAGCGCGAUGUCAUUCGGAGUGCUCCCACAGUACUCGACCCGCCCGCGACGACUGGCAAGCGCGGCUUCGCGCAAAUAUCUGGCGCUUCGUCCUCGAAGUCCCCGCGCCAGCGCACGCCUGGCUCAAAGUCCAAGCCCUCCACUCGUCGCGACCCCAAGACCACCACGAAGGCCGCUGUCCCAGACACCGCGGCGCCCAGCAGGAAGAAGCGCAAGCUCCAGAAGAGCGCUUGA